AUGGGGUCGCCUUUUAAGAGUAGAGAGAGGGACGAGUCGGGACCCAGAGACAGUCCCAUUCCGAAGGAGCAACAACAACCAAGAGGAGACGGAGUAUCGUGUGUCAAGGACCUGUGGCUGCAGGACGUGACUCUGGUGUUCCUGACAGUCUUAACCAUCCUGGUGGUGAUCCUUGUAACCUCCUACCAGGUAGAUCCUGCUACCAGCCCCUCCUGGGGAGGAUCCACCCCCACCUCCAACCCCCCUGCUGCUGCCCUACCCCUCGACCCCUGUGGACACCUCCACCUGUCCAGGAACAUCUCCUACCCCCUCCAGCAGCUGUACCUGGAGGUACGGUGCAGCGAGACGAAACACGAUCUGGUCCUGGGGAUGUCCAACGCUGAUGUAGUGGUCCUGUAGGAUGAUGGCCACUAGUUCUACUUUGGGGAUGUGUGGAGUGACAGUCAGGGCCGUGUGAAUCUGGACAGUCAGCAGGACUACCAGCAGGACUACCAGCUGAUGGCGGCCACUCAGACACCUGAGGGAUUCUCUCUGCUGUUCAAGAGGCCCUUCAGCACCUGCGAACCACAAGACUACAUCAUAGAGGAGGGCACUGUCCACCUGAUCUAUGGAGUGCUGGAUCUGCCAAUCCGCUUGCUCCAGCAGCUCAAACUGUCCCAGAUCGAGACGGGGGUGCAGAGAGCCCGCCUACUCUGCCCUGACACCCCGUCUCCCUCCCUGCUCCAGGACAUACACACCCUGGAGGUCCGGAACACCGACGUCAACAUCUCCACCCAGGAGACCACCUACUGGUGUCACAUCUUCCAGAUUCCCCCCAUCAGGCAAAAUAACCACAUCGUGAUGUACAAGUCAGUGGUAACCCCAGGUAACAAGGCCAUAGUGCACCACAUGGAGGUGUUUGAGUGUUCUCCUGAGAUGGAUACGGCCCCCAAGUACAGCAGAUCCUGUGACUCCAAGAUGAAGUCAGCCGGCCUCAACUACUGCCGCCACAUUCUGGCUGCUUGUGCCAUGGGAGCGGAGGGAGGCUUUGGGAUCAUGGAGGAGAUGUGUGAUAACUAUGUGAACUACUAUCCCGGACUCAACUGGAGCUGUUAUGAAGAAAAUUAG